CGGAGAUGAAGGAGGUGCUUCCGGGUCGCACUUUAAGAUGGUUUUGUGCGCAACUGCUGAGGCCUGUAGUUUUUCAAUACUCUAAAAUACGAGAGGCUUGUAAUUAUUUAGCACAUUUCUAAAGCUGAGCAGUGGGAUGGCCCUUAACAAAUCCAUGCAUCCGAGGAACCGAUAUAAAGAUAAACCUCCAGAUUUUUCCUAUUUGGCAUCAAAGUAUAAAGAAUUCCAGCAGCAUGUGCACACAAGCUUGACCGGGAAAGUGAGUUUAAAUUUUAAAGAUCCUGAGGCAGUCAGAGCCCUUACAUGCACUUUAUUGAAAGAGGACUUCGGACUUACAAUUGACAUCCCAUUGGAGAGGCUGAUUCCGACUGUUCCUUUGCGGCUCAACUACAUACAUUGGGUUGAAGACCUUAUAGGCAGUGACAUCAGUAAAAGUGAACUGAUUCGAGGAAUUGAUAUAGGAACAGGUGCCUCCUGCAUCUAUCCUCUUCUUGGGGCAACUAUGAAUGGUUGGUUCUUCCUUGCAACUGAGGUGGAUGAUAUGUGCUUUGACUAUGCAAUGAAAAACGUGGAGCAGAACAACCUUUCUGAUCUCAUUAAAGUGGUGAAAGUACCUCAGAAGACCCUUUUGAUGGAUGCACUGAAAGAAGAAUCAGAGAUUGUUUACGAUUUUUGUAUGUGCAACCCACCAUUCUUUGCAAAUCAAAUGGAAGCUAAGGGUGUAAAUUCUAGGAAUCCAAGCCGCCCACCUCCCAGUUCUGUUAAUACAGGUGGAAUUACUGAAAUAAUGGCUGAGGGUGGAGAGUUGGAAUUUGUGAAAAGGAUUAUCCAUGAUAGCCUUCAACUGAAAAAGAGACUGAGGUGGUACAGCUGUAUGUUGGGAAAAAAAUGCAGUUUGGUUCCGUUGAAAGAGGAACUUCGACAACAAGGGGUCCCUAAAGUCACCCACACUGAAUUCUGUCAAGGACGAACCAUGAGGUGGGCUUUGGCAUGGAGUUUUUAUGACGAUGUAAUUAUGCCUUCUCCUCCAUCCAAGAAAAGGAAACUGGAGAAGCCACGGAAGCCCAUUACCUUCACAGUGUUGGAGCCUACAGUUAAGGAACUGAGGAAUAAAGUUGCAAAUUUGGACCCUGUGACUUCCGAAGCCAUUGAGGUGGUAACAACAGUAGUGGAAAAGAUUCUUAAUGAGCUAAAGGUCCUUUUCAAACGUGUGCCCUGUGGUAAAGAUGAAGUGAGUUUAUUCCUGACAGCCAUACAGAACUCCUGGGUCCACGUCCGCCGUAAGAAACGAGAUAGAUUGAGACAGCUUCGGGAACUCCCCAGGGCCACGUCAGAUGCGCUGCAGUCUGUAGAAGCAGACGGUAAUGCUGAAAACAAUUCCAGUGCUAACACUAGUCUUGAUGGGGCCGAAUCGAGCAAUGCUGGAGCGGGGAAAACAUCAACUGAAAGCGAAAAGGAGCUCCCAGUUAAUGGGGGUCACGGCCUCCAGAAUGUGAUGCCAGUAGAUCAAGAAAACAAUGUGGAAACUGAAGAAGUGGUUAGAUGUUAUGAGAGCAGUUCUUCCGACUUUGGAAAUGACAAUGCAGUCGAGCAGGAGAAAGCCAUUUCCACCACUGCAAACCCAGAAGUUGAAACCUCAAACGAGAGUGGGAGUUGCUUUUUGUUCAAGUGCCUAAUAAAUGUGAAGAAAGAUGGAAAGAACGCCCAUGUAGAAUUGCACUGGGUUGAGGGUCAGAAUAGGGACCUGAUGAACCAGCUCUCCACCUAUCUGCGAAAUCAGAUUUUCAGGCUCGUGAUUAGUUAAAGAAAUAUGUUCAUGAUAAAGGUUCAUUAUCGCACCGAUACAUUUUAGAUUUUCUAUCUGUAGUUCUACUGGCUUUCAAUUUCCCAGGAUUUUGUGCAUCUUUUAACCAGUGCAUAUGCAGUAGGCACCCAGAGCUCUCCUCUCUACAGAUGUAACAUGACAAAAAUAAAACAAAUUGCUGUCCUUUUAUGUCUUAAAUGAACAAAUAUUCCCCAUGUCUUUAGCUGCUAUUUCACCAAGACACUCAUCUGCAAAGAUUGUCUCAAUUAGCUGAUUCCAAACAAGGAGAUUCCCCUGUAAUGAGAGGGAGAUUGAAUUUCCUGAUGACAACUACUGCUUACAUAAGAGUCCUACAGCUCUAAGAUCAUUACAUUUACAGAUCGUGCACUAAAAAUAAACUUGGAGUGCUCCACUUUGCAGCACCCAGUUUGUUAAUGUUCUUUUCCUUGCUUUGCAUUUUCCAGGUUUGACUCUUUGCAAAUUCAUUGCCAUAUGUGUCCCAAUACACUCACAUUUCUGAUGAGUCCCUUGUGUCCUUGUAGAAAGAAUUCUUGAGGCACUGGAAGGACAGGAGGAGAAAGCACAUCUGGGAAAAAAAACAAAGUGGAUUCAAAAACAUUCACAUCUGAGGAAUUUCUGUUUGAAAGAGAUUUUGAAGAACUCUAGAGAGCUUGGGUUUUUUUUGAUCCUAGCAAGGAGCAGAUACCCUCUGAACAAAACAGAUUUCUUUAUAUGAAGAAAUUUAAAAUGUUAUUUUCCAAUUUUAUUCAAAAAUAAAUACUGAAGUCUCUUAGUAAUUCUGACUUGUUUUUACAAAAGUAAAGGCAACAUUUUUGCCACUUCUCUGAAUGUUUAAUAAUGUGAACAAAUCCUGCAGUAUUUGUAACAGGAAAUCCAGUGAACAAUCAGUACACAAGCUGUUUUAAAAAAAUAAGUUCUCUUCACUCUGUUAAAUGAGAUUUGACCUGCAGCCUUCAAGCUAGAACAUUUAACAUUUUUCCAUCUGGAUUGAAUUUGUAUUUGUUGAUCUUUGAAAUAGCGAUAAAGGUUGAGAAGGGAUAGUCUUAGAACAGACAACUCUUGGCAGCUCAAGUGAGGGCAUCUAUGUGGCACUCUCGCUUAUCACCAUCAGAAAUGCUGAUUGGGGGCUAUAAGCCAUGAGCAAAGCCCUCAGUAUUAGCAGCUGUAUCUUCAGUCAGUUUACAGAAUAACUCUGGAUUAUCCAUCUAAUUUUAUAGGUGUGGACAUGCCUUGUUUGUGAUGAUACCUAUGUGCUGGUCCCAGGAUAUAUCCUCUGAUACAUUAACACCAAGGAAUUUAAAGCUACUGUCCCUCUCCACCUCUGUUCACCUAGUAAGGACUGACUCGUUGAUCUCCGGUUUCCUCUCCCUGUAGUCAAUCAUCUCUUUGGUUUUGCUGCUGAUACUGUGUAACAGGUUGUUGUGGCACCAUUCAAUCAGAUUGUUACAAGGAUCGCCCCAGUAAUAAUGAUUAGUGAGACACAGAGAAUCUGUAUUUCCUGACAAAUAAAUUCUAUCGUCUCAACUAAAAAGCACGUGGGUUCACAAGCUAACUACCUGUGUACACCCUACUAGAACCCCUGACCCUUCAUGAACCGUCAAUGAAGAGAAAAGGUAUUACGCGGGAAAGGAGUCUACGCUGGCCGGGUGUUCCUCGUGGUCCUGAUCUCCACGUGUCCAUAGGGUCCUCCUUAUCCAUGAUGGUUGGUGAAGAGUUAUUGCCCGGACGUAAUUGGAGCUCCUGACUCUUACAGUGUUCCUUAUUAGUUGAACAGGUGUAUCCCAUUCCAUCGGCUCAAGGUCACCUGACCGACCUGGGUCACCACUUUACUAGUUCUAGUCCAGGGGUACAACCAACAUUGUUUCAUGGUUCUGCCCACCCCAGCCUUGUGUAUUUUUGUCUUUCAACUCUGAUCAGUCUAAACCAGUUAAAUGAGGCAACCCAGACAGAGUCUUAACAAGAUUACAGAUUGCUUCUUUCGUUGUUCUGGCAUUCAUCAAAUCCACUAUUUGUAGACUGUAGUUUCUUCUGGCCAAUAUCUCCCUCCUCUUGAUCCAAAAAUAUUUACCUUAGGAUCAUUAUCCUCUUCUCAUUCGGUAGAAUGCCAUGGAACCCCAGUAGGUGUGCAACACAUACAUUCUAUAAGUAAUAUUAACAUUUGCUUACUGAAUUCACCCACGUUAUACUGACAGUCAUCUGUGCUGUUUCAUGAAAGCAUUAUCCUCUUUUUCCUAUUAUUUCAGCCUUCCAUCUCAGUUGAUAUACAUUGAGCAAUACAAUUAUCAGGGUACAUAAAAUUAGUAUUAAGUAGCGUGCAAUACUAUUCUCACCCAAGGAUAUAUUUGAACGUUUGUUCCCCAAUUCCAAAACUUGCUCUAAAAGCCUGGGUUACUCAGUAUUUUAUUUGCCUUACUAGCGUGUUUUAAUGAGUGUGUUUAGUCUAUUGAUGGAUUGUCUCCCUUGCCUCCGCCACAGCAUGUGUCCAAUCUGCAGUCAAGUGGGGAAAUGUUGGCAACUCAUUAUCAACAUAGUCCCAGAUAUUGAUCUGUAUCAGUGAGUUGAAAAUGGCAGUUCUCCAUCAUCACUGUGUCACUUGCUGGCUGAGGCAAGGUUCAUCUUCCAAUGGCCUGAUCUAAAGUCACAUUCCCUACGGCAACAUUGUGACUUUCCAAAGGGCAUUGUUUCCAUCCCUUGGUAUAACGUAGCCGCUGUUGCUAUAUAAUAUCUGAACCACCAAUGCAUAUUGUAUGAAAGACUGAUUAUUCACAAGCAAAGUAGACAAUGAACAA